AUGGAUUUGCUUUACCUAAACACCCUUCAGAGGCUAUCGCUGUUUGAAGGAAAUCGCUUGGGUCAAACCAUUCAGGAGCUGAACAACUUGUACCAACUGGAACUGAAUGUGUUUUUGGAGUUUGGAAAUGGUUCUGAUUUAUUGACAGCAGGCCGACAUUCUUUUACACCUGCUCUUUGGAUUAAAAAUACUGAAACCCAACUCGUUAUGGAAGGAAACUACAGUAGCUGCACCCUAACAGUUUUGUACCUGGACGAUGAGUAUCUGCAUCGUGGUCUAAGCUAUCUUACUAAAUGGCUAUGGAAUUAUCAACACCUUCAAGUAUUAAUAUUUUUCAACGGAGGAACUUAUCAAAAAUUAACAGAAAUCUUCAGGUAUUUUUUUGAUAAAGGUUUUAUUGAAAUUCUUGUAAUGUUACCGAAUUUGGAAGGACUCUAUAGCUUUAUGCCCUAUCAGAAUAUGCGGAUCCUGCACUUCCAUAGUGUCAAAGAGCUCUAUGAUCACUCUCGCAUAAAACCAGAUUUUAAUGCUUAUAAUAUUACCAGCGGACUUGUAACAGCGGGAGCCCCUCGUUGGUUUUCCUUUAGAGAUCGUCAUAACCGACUAAUCCUGUCGGGAUAUAUGCUUCGUAUGAUCUUGGACUUUACAAAUCAUUUUAAUGGAUCUGUUCGGCUAAUGGAUGUGGUGACUGUGAAUGAUGGUCUUCAACUUUUGGCUAAUCGAACUAUAGACUUUUUUCCAUUUCUAAUCAGACCUCUCGACAAGUUCGCAAUGACAAAUAUUAUUUAUCUGGAGAAUUGUGGUCUUAUAGUGCCCUCAUCUAGGCCCUUGCCUAACUGGGUUUAUUUGAUCAGGCCCUAUACAUUUGGCACCUGGGUUUCUUGGCUGAUUAUGCUGAUAUAUUGCUCUUUGGCUUUAAGGAUUUUGAACAGAGGGCAAACAAGCCCGAGUUACGCCUUUUUGAUUAUUUUACGAUUGGUUUUGUAUCUCUCAUGUGGCAGAGAUAUGGGAACUCGACCAUCUCCUCAUCGUUUCUUGCUCUUCAUAAUAUUAACAACUACUGGAUUUAUAUUAACCAAUUUGUAUCUAGCUCAGCUUUCGAGUAAUUUGGCUGCAAGACUUUACGAAAAGCAAAUAAAUACCUGGGAGGACUUGGACGAAACCGAUGGAAUCUGGCCCUUGAUAGAUGUCGAUAUUACAACUAUGGAAAAGCUAAUACCCGAUCGAAAGAGACUACUAAAACGGAUAGUCUCCACAUCAGAGGCAGAUGUUGAUAUAUAUAGAAGGAACCUAAAUACAAGCUGUAUUCACUCAGGAUUUUUUGACCGCAUUGAGUUUGCUCUUUACCAACAGCAAUUCCUGAAAUUUCCCAUUUUCCGUAAAUUUCCACAUAUCUUAUACCAGCAACCUCUUCAAAUUUCGACUGCUUUUGGACGUCCUUACUUACAGUUGUUCAAUUGGUUUGUGAGAAAAAUAUUUGAAAGUGGAAUUUAUCUGAAAAUGAAGGACGAUGCCUAUCGACAUGGAAUUGAAAGUGGCUUAUUGAAUUUCGGAUUUCGUGAUCGGCAUUUGGAAGUGAAAUCUAAUGAUGUGGAAUAUUAUUACCUAAUUGCUUUAUUGUGGCUGGGUGGUUUGACUUUGGCCACCAUGUCUUUUCUCAUUGAACUGAUAAUUGGAGCAACUGGAAUCAAACUAACUAUACAUUUAAAACGAUCAAUUAGAAAAUAA